UAUAACUAACGGUCUUUCAAAAGUGAACUCCAGACAUUAUCUCAAUUCAUUUCGACAAAACACUACUGAAAAGKAAAAGGAUAUAACGGGUGCAACUAAAGCUGUCAACUCGUGUCCGUCUGUUUACACAGGAAGGGUGAUAUAGUCAGMAAAGGAGCUUUCAAGCACACGCAUUUGGCAAACUCUAAUCUCCGAUGUUGCGGCAAUGUAAAAAAAAGACGCAGAAAGCUUAGAGGAAUAUUUAAUCUGAGAGCAUCUUUACUUGCGAAGCCUUAUAUCACAAUGGAGCGUUCAUAGAUGAUGCUAUAACAACGUGGAAUACUUCGCAACAAUGAGAGGUCAUUGCUUACAAUGUUAAGAGAAAUUGCAGUUGGUCUAUUAGUGAUUUUCCUGAUCCCGAUCACGAUAGCAAAGCCRGCGACUGAAAAUGGAACAGACGUCCAGGAAGAAUGCCUACAAGAAAUUAAAGACGAUAUCACGUGGCCACAAACAAAGUUUGGAAAAUUUGCUAUCAUCUCAUGCCCUAACGGUCAACAAGGUUACGCUUCACGAUACUGCAGAAAACUCCCGCCGCAUAACGCAAGGGGUAGGGCACCAGCUAAAUGGGAUAGAAAUGUCAACUUAACGGAAUGCAUCAAGAUUGUGAACGAGACAAAACAUUUGGAAGAAUCUGAUGAACGCUCGCUAUCAACUCUUCUCUUGCAAUCUCUUCUUGAAGACCUUAACAACACAAGUGUUUCAAAUGCAUCAUCCAUGACCAGUCAAAAGCUAAAUUCCUCUGUAUCAAAACUUGAAGAGUUUGUGAACUUUUUAAUGCAAUUCAACCAAUCAAACGAGUUUUUGAAGAAGGAAGAGAAUGCCAGGACAUUAAUCAAUACAGGAAGUAAUCUACUGGAUUUAGCUUAUGCUGAAAUGUGGUUACAUCUUCAGAAAGAUGACUUUUCAAAUCCUGUGAGAAACUUAGUGAAAACUCUAGAUGAUAUUGGAGCUAUGGUGGCAAAUGCCUCGGCAAAUGCCAACACAUCAACAAAUGAUCCUGUAGUCGUUGAAUGCAAGAAUCUGGUGAUUAAAAUGAAUGUUGUCGACCCCGUCAUUGAGAAUUCCGUCAACUUCAACUAUCAUAAUUCAUCCAUCUCUUUACCUUCCGAAAUGUUCAGCACCACGGAGCCCAGCAUCGAAGUGACAAUUAUGUAUUUAACUCUCAGCAAGUUAUUAAAGUUACCUCUUCGAAAUUCUGUCGAUGGGAAUAAAAAAUUCAACGAAACUUUAAACGUUACUUCGAUGAUAGUCUCAAGUACCGUAACUCCAAGGAGAAAGUCUGCAUUGUGGAAAUCAUUUGUGAAAAUAGUUCUCCCUGACGAAAAAAAGCUUAACAAAUCGACAAUGCCAAUUUGUGUAUCUUGGAAUCCUGAAAGUCGCGAUGCAUCAUGGACCACGGAAGGCUGUCACGUGAUCUAUGAUGAAACAGAUCUUGAUAAAACAACAUGCGCGUGUAAUCAUCUUACACUGUUUUCUAGUUUAAUAGAUCCUCAUGGAAUACUGAUUCCCGGUGUUCAUCACAAGAUCCUUGAUUUUAUAUCACUCAUUGGAUGCUCKRUUUCUUUAAUUGCUGUCUUUGUUACAUUUGCAACGAUACGUUGGCAAUGGAAUAGGCUGAAAUCAAUACGAAUGGAGGUUGUCAUAAACCUUUGCGCGGCUAUUGGAGUCGUGUCCUUCCUGGUACUUGUGGAGCAACCAGCAAGAAAGAACCCGGUCGCCUGCAAGUUCUUGUCAAUUCUUCUUCAUUACUGGUUAUUGAGUGCUUUUUCCUGGAUGUUCAACGAAGGACUUCUUUUGUACCUGAUGGUCGUCAAAAUAGAUAUGACGGGCUUAGAAAAGAAUAUCAAGAAGCCCCUCUACGUUUUUGGAUGGGGCUUUCCUUCACUACUAUUAGCAAUAUCAUUAUUCGCCACAGAAUUACGAGGGUACGGYGAUCCGCCAAACAUCUGCUGGUUAUCUGUAGGAAAUAGCUUAAUUUGGGCGUUUGUAGCUCCAGCUCUUGUUGUUAUUGUGUUUAAUAUCUUCAUACUGGUGAAAAUCAUAAUGCGUAUCAAAAAAUCACAGCGACUACGGACCAAUCGAACUCCUGACCAUAUCAAAUCGGCUGUUCGAGCUGCUAUUGUUACUAUGCCUUUACUUGGAGUCACAUGGGUGUUUGGUUUAAUGACGUUCCAUACUGACCUGACUGCUAUCAAAUAUAUCUUUACAAUAUUUAACUCUUUUCAAGGASUGUUCAUUUUUGUAUUCCACUGCUUGCUUGAUCGRCAGGUACGAAAGGCAAUAAAACUGUCCAGAAUAAGAAGAAAACAACGGAAAAAGACUGCACCCAUUCCCACCAUUGAAGUAAAACCAUGCGUGAUAUAUAAGAAAAAAGAAUUAAACCGUAUCGGUGAAAGAAGAAAAGCGUGUAUCGACAACGCUAUAAUAGAUGUCUAGAUUGUAUUGUACAUUUGAUAGAAAAAUACCAAUAAACUACUGUUGUCUAAAACAA